AUGGACCGCGCCGACAGGCUGCAACUCGAUCUCGAGGUGCACAACACCUACGCCAUGGGAAAUGGGCGGUUCGGACAAAUCAAUGCCGAGACUAUGCUGCCGAGUUCGCACAUGCCGGGCCACCGCGACCUUCCUCUGCACGUUAGGUUCAACACGGCUGAACUGCAGGAAGCUGUCUCGAGCAAUAUAAACAACACGCUGAACAACAACAUCUUCUCCAUAUAUGGCGGUAUCAACGGCAUAUGGGACAAGAAAUCGAGCGCGGCCAAUUCUUGGGAAGCUGACCCCAAAGAAUUUGCAAACCGUUCCACCACCUUCGAGGAUGUUUUCCGCCGGUCGUUCUAUGAGGACUACCAGAAUCUGUUAAGCGCGAACCAGAAUUUCAAUAACUACACCGAUUUCCCGUCCCUGGCAUCCACGAACAGCACCGCCCUUUCGGAGCGUAUGAUCGAGGACACACUGAAAAUGGCUUUCGAUAUGCAGCCGCAGGACAAUGCACUGAAAAAUGGCCAGGAACAACUGAUUAGGUCAGGCUUCAAAGGUCAGCGCCGCUCUCAGUCUUCGUCAGGAAAAUCACGCAAGGGCUCAAAGCAACGCAACCGCGAUGAAGUGAAGGAGCAAGAAGUCAACGGCCGCAAAGAAACCAAAGUCCAAGAGAAGAAACACCCUAACGCAUGGAAGUCAAGCAGGAAUGUCGGCAGCACGCUGCUAGGUGAAGAACCCACCGUCCACUCCGAAUUCGCGGAAGCUGGCAGCAUCAACAACAUCUUGGAGGCUUCCGAAAUUUGGCUACGACACACCACUGGCUCCAGCAUCUACAACAAGAAGAGCAUCCUGAAGAAGCACUUUCCCAGCGAGGAGCAGUUUUACUUGGGUGUAUCAUGA